AUGUACUCGACUUCCUUCCUCAUAACAAGACAUUUCACACUGCGUAAUAAGUCAGGGACAGAGAAAAGCAACGAUACAAUUUUGAACAUGAAACUUUUAUCCGAAUGGAUGUCAAAGCAGCGCGGGCGCAAAGGGGAGGCGCUGCAGUGGCGAGCGGGAGCGUGGUGGAGGGAGUGGCGUGCGCGGGCGCAUAGCUCGGCGCGGUGGCGGGUGCGCGCGCGGUUGCGGCGGCGGCGCAUGCACGCCACCGGCCAUACAGACCGCUCGGGCGGCGGCGGCGGCGGUGGCUCCUGGCGCCUCCCGCCCGACGAGACUCUGCAAGUCGCCGACCCCAAGUCUGCCAAAGAAGAGGAUCUCUACCCCGGAGAUGGACACAAUUGGAGGAGCAUCAUAUUUUCUUUGAUGGUCAUAAGUUUCGUUAUCGCUGGCAUCGUCACAGCUAUCUAUCUGUUAGGAUAUGUGGACGAACUGUUAUACUGGUCUGGUCGGCGGAUGCGCCUGGACGAAUUCUUGCGCGGUGACCUGGCUGGAGACCGUCUCCCCACCACGUGGGUGAGCUCGCAUCAGCUCGUGUAUCAGGCGGACGACGGAGGCCUGCUGGCAUUGGAUACGUUCAACAACACACUUAGUGUGCUAGUCACUAACCAUACUCUUAGGCAGUUAAACGUUCGCGGAUACCAGUGUUCACCGAAUCUACGAUAUGUGCUGUUCCAACACAAUAUUAAAGAGGUAUAUCGACGGACGUUCACUGCCCACUACACAGUUUAUGACGUCACUAAUGACCACCACAUACCGCUGUUCGGCGAAGGUCAAGGCAGCUGGGAGUGGCAGCAUGCAGCAUGGCUUGGGACGGAAGGCGCUCUACUCUUGGCGGCGGACAACGAAGUGCUCGCAAGACCAGCCCCGCCCGCACGCAGAGCACCUUUACUCCGACUCAGUAAAGACGCUCGUUUUGGAAACGUGUACAAUGGUGUUUCGGAUUGGUUGUAUCAGGAGGAGGUGACGAAAACAUCAUCAGCCACCUGGGGAUCAGCGGAUGGGGCCUACGUCAUGUAUGUCUGUUACAAUGACAGCUUGGUGUCAGAGAUGCGACUGCCGCGCAUUUCCGAAGGUAUUGGAGGUGCGGUUGCCGCCAGGUCAGGUUUCCUGUUGCCAGCCAUCAAUAACAGCGUGCCUAACGUUUUUCCAGACCACAUCAGUAUUAAAUAUCCUACGCCUGGCAGUUCAAUACCAAAAGCGAGGCUUUGGAUAGUAGAAGUACAAAAUGUAACAACACCUGCUCGAUGGGAAGUAAACCCUCCUAGUACAUUAGAUGGAAUGGAAUAUUAUCUCAUAUCAGCCCAGUGGGUGGGCAAAGAAAAUUCGCAUAUAGGCGUAGUGUGGAUGAAUCGUGCGCAGAACCUUACGGUAUAUAGCAGCUGUUAUGCACCUAAUUGGACAUGUACUGAGACGCACUCCGAGAAAGCAACGGAUGAGCCGUGGUUAGAAGUUCACGAGAAGCCAGUCUAUUCAGAAGACGGCAGUGCCUUCCUCCUGCUAGCCGCGGUGCAAGAAGGCGGGGGUCAAUAUUACACGCAUAUCAAACAUGUGGAUGUGUUGCGCCAACGCAUCGCUGUGCUCUCGCACGGGAAAGUCGAGGUGGUCAAGAUCCUGGCCUGGGACCAGGAAAAUAACUUAGUUUAUUAUUUAGGUAGUGCAGAUAGGCCUGGUCAGAGGCAAGUGUACGUCGUCCGAGAUCCUAGUUACGGAGGUGGAAGUAACUCCGUGAGAGCUCGGGCAGAACGUGAGGAACCACGUUGCCUUACCUGUGAGCUAGCAGUGUGGCCUGCACGGUUACAUUAUGCCAACUGCACGUUCUGGAGUGCAACAUUCUCUCCGCCCAGACCGAAAGUCGGCAUCACGCAUUACGUGCUAGAAUGUGGUGGGCCAGGACCGCCGUUAGCUGGACUUCAUGAUGCUAGAACACAUAAAUUAGAAAGAAUAUUAUAUGAUACGAGGCCUUAUAGAUCAGUACGGUUACGUGAACUUGCCUUGCCGUCGCGUCGGUCUUUCGAUGUACAAUUGAGCAGUGGUUCAAAAGCUCGCGUUCAACUAUUCCUACCUCCAUCAUGGCGUGAGGAACUAAGAGAUGCUGCUUUUCCGGUUCUCGUUCAAGUGUGCGUAGCCAAGUUGGACGGUAGACCAGGCAGUCAACAAGUGACAGACAAGUUCUCAGUGGACUGGGGUACAUACAUGUCAUCUCGCAAUGACGUGGUCUAUGUGAAGUUAGAUGUAGCUGGUGCAAGGGGACUGCCACGAGCUCUAUUGCGAGGGCGUCUUGGAGGUGUUGAGGUGGCAGAUCAGUUGGCUGUUAUUAGAUACUUAUUAGAAACUUUUAAGUUCUUGGACGUUACACGUGUCGCGGUGUGGGGUUGGGGCUAUGGUGGUUAUGUCACUGCUAUGCUCCUCGGCUCGCAGCAAUCCACUUUGAAGUGCGGCAUUGCCGUUUCACCAAUCACCGACUGGCUUUAUUACAACGCAGCAUUUACGGAGCGCAUCCUUGGUCAGCCGUCAGUGAAUUACAAAGGCUAUGUCGAAGCUGAUGCAUCACAGCGUGCCCAUCACGUACCUGCGCACGCGCUGUACCUCGUACACGGCAUGGCAGACAUGAGCGCGCCGUACCCUCACGCGUUGCAACUAGCUCGUGCGUUAACUGAUGCUGGUGUGCUCUUUCGAUAUCAGGUCUACGCAGACGAAGGCCACGACCUCAAAGGUGUGAUAGAGCACGUAUACCGUUCGAUGGAAGACUAUCUACGCGAGUGCCUCUCCCUCGACCCAGAAGACACCAAGCUGCCUCCUCCAGAUAGAUAA